AUGCCCGAUAGUACAGACUGUACAGUUCAUCUCGAUUCAUUAGUUGUAAACGAUUCGGCGGUUAAUGAAUGCUCUGUUCUGUCGUCUUCAAGAAUGGCGAGCAUUAUGGUGAAUAAUCACAGUACGAAUGAUAUGCAACAAAAUCAGUCAACAUUGAGCAGUAGCUCAACACAGAAUGGAUUUUCGGUCACAUCGCUAGCUUCCUCAGAAGAAAAUAAUCAUGUCCUCAAAUUGCCUUUCGGAAUUGCCUCUUUGACAUUGCCUGAUGAUGAGAUUGGUCGAUUGCGGAAUCAUUCCGUUAGCAAUAAUAACAGUGAACACAAUGCCGCAGCAACAGUUAUGUUGCCAAAUAAUUCUUCAUCAGCUUUAUAUAACACGGAACCGUCAAUAUCGGAUGCUGUUCAAGAUUCACAAAUGGGUAGUCGUUCAUCAAGUUCAAGGAGCCCUGAAGAAAAUGGUAAAAGGAAACAACGGCGAUAUCGUACUACAUUCACGGCAAAGCAACUCGAUGAACUAGAAAAAAUUUUCGGCAGAACUCAUUAUCCAGAUGUUUUUACAAGAGAGGAAUUGGCCGUACGUGUUGGUCUGACAGAAGCUAGAGUUCAGGUAUGGUUCCAAAACCGGCGAGCAAAAUAUCGUAAGCAAGAACGGACUCCAGCUAGCCAUCCGUAUGCCCAAGGGCAACAUGCUUCACGUAAUAACCACGGGUCUUUGGCUAAUGCUUUUUCAUUAUUUAAUUCGGCUCAUAAUAAUGUUGAUACAACCGAAGCGACACAUUUAAUGGCUGCUAUGUCUGUAAACCCGUUCGCUCCGAUAUUAACUCCAGCAGCAUUGAUCAAUCCAAGUAUGGUAAACACAUCCGCUGGCAAUCCGCUAAUUCCUUUAGCUGCCGAUCGUCGAUCUUCACCGUCAACACAAGGCAAUGCUGACUCAGUUACACGACCAACUUCAACAAACUCAAACCAGUCAAGUCCCACAAAUAUUUUGGGAAAUAUUUCUUCACCACUAAUGUUGCCACCAGCAACAUCAGCUCCAAUUUUUACUUCAUUCUCCACUUCAAAUCAGCCACAUAUAAUUCCGCCUGAUUUUUCUAGUAUGAUGAUGCAACAACAAAUGUGGGCUAAUUGCAUGCGUGAGCUUCAAAAAGCCACUGAAAAUUUUCCAAACUUCGCUGCUAUGCUUCCUGGCUCAUUACCUUAUCCUAUUGUUGGAGUAUGGCCAAGUUCUCAAAUGAUUUAUGGUGUCGCCAAUAAUCCACCCUCCCAGAGUACAGAAACAAAUAAAAAUGAAGAAGCAAGGUCAUCAAAUAGGGAUUAA